AUGAAGUUUUUAGUCUCUGCUGAUGAUACAGGUGCUGCAAAAGAAGUGGUAUGUGUUAGGGGGACAGAUACUUCUAAACAAGAUGGAAUAAAACCUAAAUCGAUUAUAAAUUAUAUUACAGAACCAACUAUUGGAUUAGAUUCAAGAAUAAUACAUUUAUUAAAUUAUAAUUUUCAAUACGUUAUAACUUCAAGAUUAGAUGGUAAUGUAUCAAUUUUUACAAUCCCAGAAGAAGAUGAAGAAGAGAAUAAGUAUGAAUUAUUGAAAAAUUUCAAAAUUGACAUUGAUGAAGAAGAUAGACCAAUUUCAUUACAAAAAAUUGAAAAAUUGGAUAGUAUUCUAGUGGCUUAUGAAAGUUGUAAAAUGUUCAUAAUCCCACUAAUAGAUGAUAAAUUUGAAAUAGAACCAAUAGAGAUUAAAUUACCGAAAGAUAUCAAAAAUUUACAUGCAUUGACUAUAAAUCCACAAUUUGAAAAUAUUUUAGCCGUGGGUGGACAAGAACAAGAUUUAAAAGUGUUAAAAUUCUUUGAUCAUAAACUAAACUCCACAAUUUUCAAAAAGAAAGAUUAUGAAUCAAAAUUUAAUGUUGAAGUUUUAUAUUCUGCUAAAAAUGUUAAAAAUGAUCAUUUGGAUAUGAGGGUGCCUAUUUGGAUAACGAAUAUUUUAUUCCUUGAAGGAACUCAAGAUCAGUUUAAUAUUAUUACAUCUACUAGAUAUGGACAAAUACGUAUAUAUGACACAAAACAUGGAAAAAAACCAAUUAAAGAUUAUAAAAUUUGUGAAAAGCCAAUUUUAAAAAUGAAAUUUGCAAAUGAAGAAAAGACGGAGCUUAUACUAACUAAUACUCAUAAUUUAAUUGGUAAAUAUUCACUAAAUAAAAUAGAUGAUCAUGGAUAUAAAUUACAUUCUGCAUCUGCUGGAGACAUAUAUAUUCCAACACCCAAAUUAUUAGGAAAAUUUACUGGUGGGAAUACUGGUGCUACUUUUGGUAUACAAGUUUAUGAAGAUAUAAUAGCAGUAGGUGGGUUAGAUAGAUAUUUAAGAGUAUUUGAUUUAGAAUCUAGAGAAGUAUUGGCUAAAGUUUAUCUCGGUGUUGAAAUUUCGAGUUUAUUAAUCUUAGAUGAGGAAGAUAUUGAUGAAGAAUCAACUAAACGUAAAAGACAAGAAGAAGAUGAUGAGGAAGAAAUUUGGAAUCAACUUAAAAAGAAUAAAUAG